AUGGAGAAUUCUGAAGACACGUUCGAAGAGUCAGUAUUUAACGUAUCAUUUGAUGAGCUUUCCAUUGACGGUUAGUGUCAAAAAAGUUAUAUCUACUAAAUUAAAAAUUUCUCACAAACUCCUCCCGCAUUUUGAACCGAUUGGGCGUGACUUCUGGCAGAGGUUUCCAGCUUUCUUCGAUAACACUGAAACCUCUGCGGAGGAGAGAGAACUCAACCAAAGAUAAAUAUUUACCCAAAAAUUAUUAGUGACUUGAGCUGUGACUUGUAAUGCGGCUAAAAUUAUGUUCCUUCCAGACAAUGAUAAUUGAGAAAUAAACAUUCCAAACAAUAAAUAUGAAAUUAUAAAGUCACACACAAAGGUUUCAAGAUACUGUGUAUAAUUUCAUUCACUGACUGUAUUUUAAACUACGUACAUAGAGAAACCAACUGUCGAGAAUUAUGCAUAGUUUGUUAAAGGACACUAUAGUUAAUCUUAUAUGACUUUUAAGCGUAGUAUUUGCUUGCGCAUGCGCGUGAGUGCUCGCCUUACGAACACGUUUUAGAUUCGUAACAUUCAUAUAAAACGACCGUUUUGGACCAUAGUUUUGGGACUUUAUGUUAGUUAUGUCUUGUAUUAAGAUGUCAAAUAUAUUCAUAUAAACAAUCCACAUUUUGGUGCCGUGACCAGUUGUAUUAUGGAAGAAUUACAAAGACUUCGAGCGUCCCGAAAAGCUUAUCGAGCACACCUCACAACACUUUACAAGAAGAUUAUAGAAUUGAAAUCCGCCACGACUAUCGAUGAACUUCACAUUGCCACGCUCGAAAACUACUGUCAACAACUCAAAAGAAAGAAAGACAUCUUAUCACCACUCGAUGAACAAAUUGCGAAAGCUAUCACCAAACCCGAAGACCUUGAAUGUGAGAUUUUUGAAACGGAAGAAAUGCACAGCACAAUCGACGAAAGGUACAGUGAACUUACCACAUUUAUUGAGAUAAAACGUAACGAAUUAAAGCUUAAAGUUACU